AGUGAAAGUUAGUUCUCCUGUCGCCAUUUUGAGCUGGAAAAAUAUAAUACGACACGGAAAAAACAGAGCAUCGAGUGUUUAUCAACGCUUAAGAAUUAAUUUACUUGUAGUUUUAUGAUGUUAAAGCUGGAGGAUUUGAAGUCCUGUAUCUUGUAAAAGUUUGAUCAAGAGUCAGUGGAGGAGAUCAAACUCAUCAGAUUCUCCUGAUCUUCAUCAUGGCUGAUUCACAAUCAUCCAGAGAUGGAGAUUUCUCUCCAGGACGCAGUUCAGUCCAGCAGAAGAGCUCAAACCCAGAGUCCAGCUGUGUGUCUGUGAAGAGUGACCGCUCUAUGGGUCAUCCACUAAACUUUAAGAGUGGAAAUACACGGCCUAGUCUCAGUUUUGAAACCAGUUCAGUCCAGCAGAAGAGCUCAAACCCAGAGUCCAGCUGUGUGUCUGUGAAGAGUGACUGGUCUAUGGAGAAACCACUACAUUUCAAGAGUGGAGACACACAGCCUGAUCUCAGCCAUGACUCUAAAGCUGCUGAAGUCCUCAACACACUGAGAUCAAAUCUGAGACAGAAGUUUGAGUGUGUGUGUGAGGGAAUAUCAAAGCAGGGAAAGCCAACACUCCUGAAUGAGAUCUACACAGAGCUCUACAUCACAGAGAGUGGAAGUGGAGAGAUCAAUAAUGAGCAUGAGGUGAGACAGAUUGAGACACAGUCCAGGAGAGCAGAAACAGAGGACACACCGAUCAAAUGCAGUGACAUCUUUAGACCUUUACCUGGACAAGACAAACCCAUCAGAACUGCGCUGACAAAGGGAGUCGCUGGCAUUGGAAAAACAGUCUCUGUGCAGAAGCUCAUCCUGGACUGGGCUGAAGGGAAAGAGAAUCAGGACGUCCAGCUCAUAUUUCCACUGGCUUUCAGAGAGCUCAACUUGAUGAAGGACAAAACACUCAGUCUUUCAGAUCUUCUUCAUCGCUUCUUCCCUGAAAGCAGAGAAAUGGCCAUAUCCAGUGAUGAGUAUAAAGUGCUGUUCAUCUUUGAUGGUCUGGAUGAGUGUCGUCUGUCUCUGGAUUUUCAGAGCGAUGUGAGGUUGUGUGAUGUGACUGAAUCAGCCUCAGUGGACGAGCUGCUGACGAACCUCAUUGUGGGGAAUCUGCUUCCCUCGUCUCUCAUCUGGAUCACCUCCAGACCAGCAGCAGCGGAUCUCGUCCCCUCUGAGUGUGUCCAUCGAGUGACAGAGGUACGAGGCUUCAGUGACACACAGAAGCAGGAAUACUUCAGGAAGAGGAUCAGUGAUCAGAGUCUGGCCCACAGGAUCAUCUCACACCUGAAGUCCUCAAGGAGCCUCUUUAUUAUGUGCCACAUCCCAGUGUUCUGCUGGAUCUCAGCCACUGUUCUAGAGGAGAUGUGCAGUGAAGCAGAGAGACGAGAGAUUCCCAAGACUCUCACUCAAAUGUACACACACUUCCUGCUCAUUCAGACCAACAUCAAACAUGAGAAGGACUAUGAGAAGAAAGUGAAAGAUGAAGACAUGAUCGUCAAACUGGGGGAACUGGCGUAUCGGCAGCUUGUGAAAGGCAACCUGAUCUUCUAUGAGGAAGACCUGAGCGAGUGUGGCAUUGAUGUGGCAGAAGCAUCAGUUUACUCAGGAUUGUGCACUCAGAUCUUCAGAGAGGAGUUGGGCUUGUGUCUGGGGAAAGCCUUCUGCUUUGUUCAUCUGAGCAUUCAGGAACAUCUAGCAGCUCUAUAUGUGCAUCUCUCCUUUAUCAACAAUAACAUUAAUGUUUUUGACCAGAUUACCAAACCAACUAAUGGAGGCAAAGUGUCCCUAUCUGAUCUCCAUCAGAGAGCUGUGGAUGAGGCUUUACACAGUAGAAAUGGGCAUCUGGACCUUUUCCUUCGUUUCCUUCUGGGUCUGUCAGUGGAGUCUAAUCAGAGUCUCUUACAAGAACUAAAGACACAGACAGCAAACAGCUCUCACAACAAUGAGGAAACAGUUGACUAUAUUAAAGAGAAGAUCAGUGAGAAUCCCUCUCCAGAGAAAUACAUCAAUCUGUUUCACUGUCUGAAUGAACUGGGGGAUCUUUCUCUAGUCAACGAAGCUAAACCUCGUACCAGAUCAUAUGGAGGAUUACGUGCUGUGAAACUCUCCUCGUCUCAGUGGUCAGCUUUAGUGUUUGUGUUGUUGUCCUCAGAGGAGACACUGCAGGAGUUUGACCUGAGGAGAUUAAUUGGAGUCAGUAUUGAUGGUUUCACACAAAACACAGGAGAUGAAGUUCUCCAGAAGCUGAUGCCUGUGGUUACAGCUACUAGAUGCGCUCAGUUGUGGGGUUGUGGAGUCACAGAUGAAGGUUGUGUUGCUCUGGCUUCAGCUCUGAGAUCAAACCCCUCACACCUGAGAGAUCUGAAUCUGUCUGAUAAUAAACUAGGAGACUCAGGAGUGAAGCAGCUUUCUGAUCUACUGGCAAAUCCUCACUGUAAACUGGAGACACUGUGGUUGAGGGAGUGUGGAGUCACAGAUGAAGGUUGUGUUGCUCUGGCUUCAGCUCUGAGAUCAAACCCCUCACACCUGAGAGAUCUGGAUCUGUCUGAUAAUAAACUAGGAGACUCAGGAGUGAAGCAGCUUUCUGAUCUACUGGCGAAUCCUCACUGUAAACUGGAGAAACUGUGGUUGAGGUAUUGUGGAGUCACAGAUGAAGGUUGUGUUGCUCUGGGUUCAGCUCUGAGAUCAAACCCCUCACACCUGAGAAAACUGGAUCUGUAUAAGAAUAAACUAGGAGACUCAGGAGUGAAGCAGCUGAAGGAUCUGAAGGAUGAUCCACAUUAUAAACUGGAGAAACUAUGGUAUUAGAUGACAGUCUGAUGUUCUGCUGAUCAUCUGAUGGUGAAUAAGGAUCCACUACAGAGACUCACAGUCAACAGAAUCAACAGAGACUGAAGAUACAGUGACUUCACUGUUAGAAAUUAAGACUUCAUUUAGAUUUCAACCUCUGACAGACCUGAUGAGGCGGCAGUGAAAUACUUUUUAUUUCACAGCAAAUUACAUUUUCUCAUUCAUAGAUUAACCUUUUUAUUUGUAUAAUGCACAGUAUAUUAAAAAUGUUGGAGUUUUAGAGUAAAUAUAGAGCCUGAAUGUGUGUGUGUUGAACCAGCAGAGGGCAGGCCCGGUUCUAGAACCAAAUCACUGAGGGUGCUUCUGAAAAUAGUGAGGGUGCUCAAAAUACAUAGUUCCCACAUGACGUCACAUCAUAUGGGCAUUUGCCGAACCGGCGCCAUUGCUGAGGGCAAAACAUUUGAAGAAGCAAUACGAGUUGAACGAAGUGAUAUGAGUUUCGUGCUAUAAAGUGAAAAUGGUCAUCUCCUGCUGGGUCAAUGGAUGAUAAAAUCGUGCCGGAUGUUCAGUUAAAUCUGGAUUUUACACUAUACCCGUCAUGAGACUCCAUGGAUGUG